AUUUUACCGUGUAUUUGUUGACAACUUUCAUCUCUCCUGUCUUCUUUUAUUGAAAAGAUGUUGAAUGUUUACUCUUAAAUCACCCUCAAAAGAUAAUAAAAGUGUGCCAUAAAUUGGUUGCUCCGCAACCGGACAGGAUACUGCGGCAUUUCAGCUGACAUGCGCCCUAGCGUGCAUCCGGAAUUCCGUCAUACUCUCAGGGUGUUUCUUUCCCUGUUUUUCCUUUUGAUGAGCUGAAAUGGAUUCAUUUGCUGCCGCUUUCAAAGACCUGUUCUCCUAAGUCUUUUGAAAUUCGACGAUGUUAUGACGUAUCAUAACAAAACCGACUGGAUUGUUAUUUUUCUGUUCUCAGACCUCGUAAGCACGAGCCCCGCCCCUACCGCGCCUGCGCCAGACGGCAGCGCCAUCUUAAGCCAGUCAGUUAUGACUGAAGUGUCAGCCAAAGAGUUUUUGAUAAUGCGUUGGUUGAAGCGUCUGCCAUUGUGACUUGUGCUAAAGGAAAUUUCGAGGUGAUCUAAGCUUGCUGCUCGGUUCCCCUUCGCUCCAGGCUGAAAAGAGUGUCACUCAAAAUACAAACAUGAGUCGAAAUCCAGGACAAAGGGCCUCAGGCCACGGCCGUCAGUUCUUUUCGCCAGCAGUGUAAUUACUCACAACCGACUAACAUCUAUCACGAUGUACAGCUAGUGACUCAUCGAAACUGUAUGCAAUCUGCAUUCGUUCCCGAUACCUCCUAAGCGUGUUGUGUUCGUAUGUGGUUAGUGAUACGUAGGCCAAAAUGACCUCGGAAAAGCACAUUUGCUUAGGUAUCUGCAUUUGUCAGUUGACAGCGAUCCUUUCGGGAGUGUCUCUGUUGUACCUGGCUGUCAUCGUGGUCAUCCCUGCCAAAAAUGAGCUCUCUUUGAACUUCAAUAGGACCCCGAUCAUGUGCACGACCAUCUCGGCGAAGGACAUCCUCGCCGAGGGCAAAAAGGCCAAUUGCAAAUGGACAACCUGCAGUGAAUGGUGUCUCUCCAAGGGUUCCGGUUCCUGCAUGCAGAUCGUGGUCAUGGCCAGGCAUAAUGGGUCAAGGGUCAAUUUCAGGGACUGCGUGGAUAUCAAUGACCAUAACUGUUCGGCUCUAGAUGUGAAUGUGACCCGUCCCUUUAUGUGUAAGAAGGGCGAAUGCAAAGAUCUGACGGGUGUGUUCGUCUGUAAAAAGGGCGGUGACAACCCGUGCUCCAACAUCUCUCCUGCCUUCGACUGUCAGAGUCAGGAGUUCGACAGGAAUUCGACCUUGUGCACAGAGGAGGGCUGUAAAACCCAGCUGGACGGUGUCGUCACCUGCAGCAAAGGGAAGUGCCAGAAACUGCUCGACAUGAAGAAGUAUUACCUGGACUGUAAACGGAAGUGUACGAAACUGCAUUUAAGAGAGACUAACGUGUUGAUAUUUAGUACGGAAAGACUGGUGACGGCCGCGUGUACCUCGAUGGAAUCCCCCGACAACAACAGCAUUUCCGAAGUGAACGAGAGGCAAGAGUGGAGGGACAAGAAGAGAAGUCUCUUCAUCUUCUGCACCUACGUCAGGAGGCAAAACGGCGCCACGACUUACGACCUCAUCACCUCCGACUGCUUCAACGCCACCAUGACGAACAGCUCCACCUACGACUCGAUCACGGAGUACAUAGCGCUCAAAAACCUCCACUUGACCCUCGCCAACGACACAGAGGAAUGGAUCAUCCCGCCCGAGAAGGAACUGAGCAUAUUUAACAACACUCAGUUACGCAUCAAUCCGGACGGUUGCGUCAACACGUUACGCAAGGAGUGCAAGGCCUUCUUCGACACCCACGCCCACGACGGCUACGACGGUAUGACGCCCGACAGGUUCCCUUGCUACUUCACGGACCAGAUGAACGAAUACGUCAUCGGGAAGUUCAACCCCUCGCUGACUCAUCUCAUGAUGUUGCUGGCAUCCCUCUUGCCCGGAUGCCUCUUCGUGUUCGCUUGCACCUGCCUCUUCAUUUGCUCGAAAUCGGUAGGAGUGGACGACGAAGGGCACCUGAAACUGAUCCUCAUGCAGGGGUCAGGCGGAGGAGGUAACGCUAGCGAGCUGUGAGGCCGCCCUCCCUCCCCCUCUCCCAUUGUGUCUGGCUCUUCAGCAAUAAAGAACCAGUCCAGUUUGACGAACUGUUGUGACGGUGCACGCGAUCCAGUGACUACACCCUCAUUCCUAAUCAGUGAGGAGGAGGGAGGAGGAGGAAAAA